AUGUUGGGCGUCUUCGUUGCGAUUACAAGGCUCGGUGCCUGGUGUCUUAUGCAGGAGCCCAUCCGGGUCCUUGCUGGGGGCGGGGCGCCGGGAACCUCCCAGGCCGCCCACCGCGGGGCCGGCUCGGGCGGGGGCGGGGACGGAGCCUGCGGCCGGAGUCACAGACACGCAGACACACGCGCGCCCGCAGGCCCGCCUCCGCCUGCCGCUCGCUCCCCGCUGGGCGCCUGGGGCUCCCGACCCCGGUGGCAGGCAGGUGGCCUCGGGGGCGGGGCUGGGGGCCGGACCCCGAGUUCGCGGUGCGGUUGGAGGGUGGCGGUCCGCGCCGCCCGCCAUGCAGGCGCUGGGGGGUUUGCCGUCUCGGGGCUCGGAGCCCCCAGCAGGGCCUGCCCGCAGGCGUGGGGGUGGCUUUGGUGGGGCGGCGACCCAGCCGGGCAGCUCCAGCCCGCACCGCACCCCAGUCCCGUGCCUGCGCGGGGCAGCUGGGGCCCAGACCCGGAGCCGACGCCCGCGGCUCGCCCGCAGGCCUGGGGCUCCUCGGGCUGCAGCCGGAGCGGACCGCCUGCCUCGGAGCUUUUACAGCGUAAACCAGGCUUCAUUCAUCCGCUGGCCACUUCACGGACAUUCGAGCGGAUCCCAGGUGUAAGCCAAGAUGGUCAGUGCGGCCACGGCGUCGCCCGGACACGACUGUGGACCCUCGGCGUCAUUCCUCUUGGGGACAUUCCUGCGUCACACACAGGGCUCCCCACGUGGAGUGAACUGCAGGCCCCACAAAACCCGGACCCACACCCGAGUCCACAACUUGUGUCGCAAGUAUUUUAUCCCACUGUGUUCCUGGGGCGCCUGGGUGUCCCCCUGGAUCAUCGCACUGUCUCCAAGUCCUGCCUGCCUCCUGCCGUUCCGACUUCCCUGCACGCGGACAGGGCGCUGUGGGGUCUGUCCCAGACAGGGUCUGUCCCCGCCCAGUGCUGAGGUCCUGGUGACCGCCAGCCCUCCAGAGGCUGCUUGAAGCGGACACACGGCUGGUGGCCUUGGACUAGGCCUCUGAAAACUCGCUGUGCUUGGUGGAAGCUCAAGGCCCUGAGGCGCCACGGCGCUGGUGGCCGUGGUGGGCGCGGACCUGCUAUUAGCGGUGGCCGGUUCGUCUGCUUUGACCCGGAGCCCUCAGAACCACGCAGCAGGCAAACGGCUGACAUUUGCUCAGACGGCCGUCCGAAGUGGAAACUGCCCGGUCGUGCUUUCUCCGUGGGCACAACCGGAAAGCCCUCCGUGGCUGCUGUGGCUCCACACCUGGUGUGUCUCUGACAUCUGGCAACAUUGGUUGCAUUCGUGGUUGGAUAACCGCACGGCGCAUUAUUUAUGGCAGCCUCGAGUACCCGAGUAGGCCCGGUUAACAGCCAUGGCUUUGUGCGGUCUGUCUUCUGGUCAAGGGCUGGCGGGUGGCCCGUGACGGUCACAGAAAGGAUGAGCUUCUCUGAUUUCGUCAAGGAAGCUGGUCUCAGAGCCAGGGGCCCAUUUCUCAGAACUGGGUAGCUCCUUGGCGCUGCAUUGGACACGUCCUUGUCCUUUACAGAGCGGGGACGGCUUCUUUCUCAUUGUUAGUAACCCAAGAGCAUCCCGGUGGAACCCCUGGUCUGUUACAUUUCCCAGCCUCUUAUGCGCAACGUCUGCCUGAUAUUCAUCAAACUAGAACAUGACGUCCAGAGGUGGAAUCCCUGCCUUCCCUUUCUGAUUUGACACCGUGACUCCUGGCAGACAUGGUUUCCUCUCCUGACCUCGGCUUGCCCGGCCCGCGAAAUGGGCUCACACAGAGACCCUUGCACGAGCAGAACCCACGAGUGUGAAAUCCUAUGGGAACAAUUCUGUAGUCUUUUUUUUUUUUUUAAUAUUUAUUUAUUAUUGAGAGAAAGAGACACAGAGCAUGAGUAGG